GCCUUUCUCAACAACGGUUGAUCCCAACCGGUUGAAACAACCUCACAUUAUCUUUGUGCAAAACUGUGAGCCAUAAAGAUUUCAGAACCAAUAGGAAGUUCCUAGGGUAGUUCAUUUUAGAUAUUCUUAGUCAAAAUGUGGGAACAUACAGGAAGAAACGUGUUUCGCUGAACACCUGCUAAAGCGUUGCCUUGAGAUCUUUAGCAGAACAUCGACAGCAGGGGUGAAAAAAAAAACUUUAAAUGGCGUGCUUUGAAGCUUGGACUGCGACAAGAAGCGAAGAGGAGCAGAAAGAACAGAGGCUUAUUGAUGUCAUGUUUCUCUGCGACGAGUGGAAAUCUUCGAAGGGUGGAUUGUCAACUUUCAAUCGAGAAUUUGCGAUUAAUUUGGCCCAAGCGACGACUGACAGCAUGAAAAUCCACUGCUACGUCUCGAAAAGCGAUGAUCAAGAUAGAGAAGAUGCCAAACAACAUGGUGUGAAUUUAAUCACAGCUAUAAGUGUUCCUGGUUCAGCGGACUCCAUUGAGUGCUUGAAGUUUCCACCCUCCAAGCUCCCAAACCCACAACUGGUGAUAGGCCAUGGAAGAAAGUUGGGUGGUCCUGCAUUUUCCCUGGUACAGAAUACAAAGUGUAAAUGGAUUCAAUUUGUCCAUGUCUACUGUGAAGACCUUGGGAAAUAUAAGAAAACAACUAUGGCUGCAACAGAUACAAUCGAAGAGAACGAGAAGAAGCACAAGAUGGAAAUUGAGUUGUGUAAAGCAGCGGAUGCGGUUGUGGCCGUUGGCUCUCGUCUACAGCAGAAGUACAGCAGGAGUCUUCUUAAUGUUAAAGUGGACAUUAUUACUCCUGGGAUCUUUGAAAAGUUUUCGAGUGAGUCAUGGGUAGCAGUCGACAGAUCAGUUGUAAAGAACUUUACCGUGUUUAUGUUUGGUCGAGCGGCCUUUGAGGAUCUUUCCCUCAAAGGCUAUGACAUCAUUGCAAAUGCCAUUGGUUCUCUUGGUAAGAAGUUCAAUCUUACUUUUGUUGGCUCAUCUCCUGGUGAGCACCGAAAAGUGGAACAGUGGUUUCUUGAAAAAACCUGUGUAACCCGGAACCAACUUACCAUCCGUGGUUAUUGCAGCGAACAAGAGGAACUCAAGUUGAUGUUUUAUCAGUCAGAUUUGGUCUCCCUGCCUUCCCGUACUGAAGGCUUCGGGUUAGUAGCCCUGGAGGCCAUCUCUGCUUGUGUUCCUGUCCUUGUUUCUGGUGAAUCGGGAAUAGCUGAGGCUUUGCAAAACGUAGAUGGUGGACAGUCUGUAAUUGUUGAAUCAGAUGAUGAUGCAACUCAAUGGGCGCAAAGGAUUAAAGAGUUGUCCAGUCAAAGUCCAGAGGAGCGACAAACCAAUGCCAUGAAGCUGCGUGAGAACUACAGGAAGGUUUACUCUUGGAGAACACAAUGUGAGAGGUUUAAAGGAGUGAUCAAGAAUGUAGUCAAAACUUCAAAUGAUGGAAAAUUAAAUGUCAAUGUUGAUGUGGAAGACCUGAAACCUGCAGAUGCCGACAAGCACAGCACAGCUUCAGAGAAUGCUGGAUGUCAGAGGACAAGCACAGCAUUAGGCACAUGCAGGAAAAGGAGAUCUGAUACAGAAAUAGAUGAUCUCCAAGCACUCAAAGGAAAAGCCUUGUGUUUAAUUGCAUUAAACUAUCUUCAGACUACACCACCACAGUCUAAUGAAGAGCAUAAUGAGUUUAUGCAAUACUUGGAAAAAAUGAGAGUUGUCAUUUCAGGUGUUUCUGUAGGAAGUUUGGUGAUAACAGUGAAGUGUGAUUCUCUUAAGAGCUUGGAGGAGCUGUGGGAAGAUUACUCAUGUGGCCAUUUGGAGAAGAUUGUUCAGGUUUGUUUUGUCACUGAAAAGAUCUUGAAGGAACUGAACCUGAGUGAGCUGAAGUUGAAAAUAACUAUGGAUGAGGAAGAGUACGAUGCAUACAGAGCCCACUUUGACAAGGCUGCACUCAGAGCCAUCCUUUCCUCCAUAUUCUCUACCAUUGAUCAUGGAGAAGAAGCUUUAGCCUCUCAGUCCCACUUGGUAAGGUCCACUGUCAUUGAAAGUUGGCAAAGAUUAGGAGAGCUCAAUGAACAGGAACAGAAGAAAGAGGUUGUACAGCCAGAGAAAGUCAAAGGUACUUCACACUCUGCUGCAUCAUUCACCUCUGGUCCUGAAAGAAAAGUAGAAGAUCUUUUCGAAUUAAUGAAACUACAAGAAGAAGGGGAAUAUCAGCGUUGGCCAGAUUAUAGGAAAGAAAUUACCUCCCCUUUUGCCGUAAUUUCUACCACUGAUCUUAUCGAUGAGAACGAAGGUGUCCUAGAAACUAGAAGAACUAAGAAAGAAUAGGGCGGUCUUGAUACAUUACUCACUUCGCACAUCAGAAAAGGAAAAUGGCAAGUGGUUUUGG